ACAAGACUUGCUUGGUGGAGGUACCAGAGGGCAAUGGCGCUGGCAGCAGGGCUGCUCCUCGGAUUCCACACCCUGAGCAUCCUCCUGAGCCCUCAGGAAACAGGGGCCAUCACAGCUGACCACGUGGGCUCCUACGGGCCAGCCUUCUACCAGUCUUAUGAUGGCUCAGGCCAAUUCACAUAUGAAUUCGACGGGGAGCAGCUGCUAUCCGUGGACCUGAAGGAGAAGGAGGUUGUAUGGCGCCUGCCUGAGUUUGGUGACGCAGUCCACUUCGACGUACAGGGCGGGCUGACCAGCAUCGCCACGAUCCAAAAGCAUCUGGACGUCUUGGUGCAGCGAUCCAACCGCACGCGAGCCGUCAGCGUGCCUCCAACGGUGACCGUCCUCCCCCAGGCUCCUGUGGAGCUGGGCCGGCCCAACACGCUCAUCUGCAUGGUGGACAACAUCUUCCCCCCGGUUAUCAAGAUCACCUGGCUGCGCAAUGGCCAGACGGUCACCCAGGGUGUGACCCAGACCAGUUUCUACACCCGGCCCGACCACCUGUUCCGCAAGUUCCACUAUCUGAGCUUUGUGCCCUCCGCCGAGGACGUCUAUGACUGCAGGGUGGAGCACUGGGGCCUGGAGCGGCCACUCCUCACACACUGGGAGCCGCAGGUGCCUACUCCCCUGCCAGACACCACCGAGACCCUGGUCUGUGUGCUGGGUCUCACCCUUGGCCUAGUGGGCUUUCUGCAGGGCACCGUCCUCAUCUUCAUCGCCACACGCAUGUCCAGAGCCCCCAGGUGCAGAGGAUCUGAGAGUCUGUAGGUCGGGGUAGGGGGUAGAGGGAGACGUGAAGACCCUGGGGGAGGAAGGGGUGGGACAAGAGAGGUAUGGGGGUCCUUGGUGUUGAUGACCGGGCUGGCAACGGGAUCUCCAUACUGAGCUGAGCCACACUGGUCACUUGAUUUUCCUGCUCUAGGCAAUGACCAUUCUGAGAGAUACAAGACCCCCAGAGACCCCCACCCAAGAAAGUCGCUGUCUGAUCUGCAAAGCGCUCCCCCAUGGUGCUGCCUCAGACGGACUUCCGUCUGUAGGUCCCCUCCUUUCGGGUCCCAGCACUCGUGGUGGGGGACUUGUGGGGCUCCUGUUCCCACCCUAACACCUUGCUCUACCAGAAGCUCUGUUCUUGCUCUGCCAGAAGCUCUGGCUAACAGCCCACAUUCUUCCACAGUGUUCCCCCUUCCUUCUGCAUUCUGCCAGCUCUCAGCCACUUCUCUCAGGCUGUGGGAGAUGCUGGGAAGCAGAGGAGGGCACUCUGGGACCCAGGCGAGGAAGGGCUGUGAGGAUUUGGUGUCUGUCUGCGUCUGCUUAGAGAGCUCAGUGGAGUCCAGCCUGCCUCUAUGGUGCUGUCUCCUUUUUCUGCAUUUCCUGGAAGCCCACGCAUGACAAAGAAAGGCCUGGGACUGGGUGGUGAUGUUCCUCAGUGGGGUUAGUCACCUCAAGUAGGAGAGCAGUGCCUGGGAGGAGCUUAGGUUAAGAGAGACCCAUCCGAGCACAUGAAAUAAGUGGCCUGGAAGCUUCAAUUUUGCUGUGAGUGAAAUUAACACACACACACACACACACACACACACACACACACACACACACACACACGGCCACCAUUACGGUGCAGUGUGUUAAGCCUCCAUCUGAGGUGCUGGCAUAUCAUAAUGGCUCUGAGUGGAGUCUUGGCUGCUCCACGUCCAAUUCGUCUCCCUGUUCAUCCUGCUAAUGUCAUAGAAAAGCAGCAGAAGAUGGCU